AUGGACGGUCCUGGCUCCUCCUACGCCGCCCGCAGGGCUUCCUCGAUGAGCCCGACGAGCCCUGUAAGCUCCCGGCACGGGAACGGCGGCACCAAGCGCAAGAGGAGCAGCGGCUUGGUCGCCGCCGAAAGCAGUCCUGGCAGCUUCAUGGAUGAUGAUCACGGUGAUCACGAUCACGCCGAUGACAAAAGGCGCCAGCCGGGCGUCAAGCGCGCCUGCAACGAGUGCCGACAGCAAAAGAUGUGUCCUGUGACGUCCCGGAGAGGUUCGAGCAUGAGAGUGCCGAGACUGACGGCGACCGCCGACGGAGGACAGCUUCGUUGUGAUGUCAUUCAGGAUCCCUUCCAGAGCUGCUCGAGGUGCAACCGUCUGAAGCUCGAGUGCAAGAUUGAGAACAAUUUCAAGCGCGUCGGCAAGCGAUCGAAGCAUGCCGAGAUGGAAAAGGAGAUUGAUCGCCUGCGACGAAACGUGGCCCGCGCACGAUCCCAAGGUUUCGUCCAAGAAGACGACGACGACGUCGUCUCGCCCGCGGCCGGCAGCACCAUCACGACGGCCAGCUUCGGCCACGGCCACGGCCACGGCCACAGUCAACACCACGGCCACGACCAUAACCACAACGCCAACCACAACCACAACCACAACGCCAACCACGGCCGCAACCAUACCCACACCCGCAACCCAUCCCUCAUGGGUUCCGACGAGGCAGUCUCGUCGCUCCUGCAUCUCAAGAGGGGCUCCUACAGCGUCCAGCAGCGAUACACGCACGAGCUCGAGGGCGUGCGCCUGACCGACGGCAACGUCACCCAUCUGUUCAACGAAUUCUUCGCCUACUACCACCCCUUCCUCCCCUUCCUCACGCCCCAGCAACCUCCGGAGCAGUACAAGCAGCAGCAUCCCUUGCUCUUCUGGUCCAUCAUCGCCGUCGCCGCCCGCCGCUACCGUCCUGCCGAUGCCCCCGACCUCCUCACGAACCUCUCCGGGCCCAUGACGCGCUACUUGUGGACCACCAUCGGCGAGGUGCCGAGCAACUACCACGUCGUCAAGGCCCUCUGCCUGCUCUGCACCUGGCCGCUACCGACAAGCACCACGACCUCGGACCCCACCCACAUCCUCUGCGGCGUCAUGAUGAAGACGGCCACCGGCAUCGGCCUCCACCGCCCGAACCACAUCCGGGACUUCUCCAGGGUCUCCGUCGAGCUGAACAAGGAGCAGCUGCACGACCGGGUCACCACCUGGGCCGUCUGCAACAUCGUCGCCCAGAACAUCGGCACCGGCUACGGCCAGCCGGCCUCGUCGCUGUACGACUGGACCCUCGCCCUUCGGCCCGGCGACGACCCGGCCCUGCACCUGUCCCGGGACCUCGAGGCGAGGCUGCAGAUCGAAAGGUUCUGCGACAAGGUCUCCAAGGAAAUGUACAGCAACGCGAGCGACCCCCGGGGCGUCGCCGGAGAUGAGCACCGCGCCAUGCUCAUGCGCGUCUACCGACGAGACUUUGGCGAGCUGCAAGCCUCCAUCCUGUCCCAGCAGCUCGGGCCUAUCGUGAACCUGCACCUGCGCGCGGCAGCCUUGCACCUGCGACUUGCCGGCUUCUUCGACUCGAGCAAGACACCCGGCUACAUGGACGACCUCAUGGGCCUCUGGCGGGCCGCCACGAGCUUCCUCGACGAGCUCCUCGAGGUCGACAACAUAAACUCUUCGCACGAGACGACGAGCACGACUCUCUUCUACGCCACCAAUUACGUUCAGCAGAUGCUCGUCGCCGCCACCUUCACGCUGCUGAAGCUGAUGAGGUCCUUCUUCUGCAAAACCAUAGACUUCGACCGAGGCAGAAACCUCUUCCUCGAUGCCGUCCGCGCCAUACGGACGACGAGCGUCGUCACGAACGACCUGCAGUGGCGUCUGGCCGAGCUGAUGGCCCAGAUGUGGAACGGAGCUCGUCUCGACGGCCGGCAUCAGGUCUUCAGCGAGGAUGACCGGGCCAAUCAAGUCGACGACAGUCUCCAGCUCAAGGUGCGCUGCCGGCACAGCAUGAGUCUUGUCUUCGACUCGGUGUGGCGGUGGCGAGAGGAAUAUCAAUCCCAGGGCAGAGGUUCGCUGGAAAAUCCAAAGCAGUCGACCAGUUCGGAACCGGCAAACGACUCAUCAGUGGCAUCGUCUCAGCUCGACAGCACGCUGAUGCCCGCUCACAUCCCUCCCACGGCGAGCAACCUACUGAGCGCCAACGGCGCACUAACACCAAGCGCAGCCGCCCUUUCCACCGCCGUGUCGGGUCCCAACAGCAUGAUAGGGGGUAGUCUCAGCUACGGCGAUGCCAACUACGACUUUUUCGAUCCCCAGCAUUGGAUGCUGGACGGCCUGCUCGACUUCAACUACUCGUUUGUUCCACCUCUCGAGGGAGCAUAG